AUGGGUCCCACUGAACAAAUACUGAGGAUUAGCAUUUGCCACCCCACCUACAGACAGGGAGGAAGGGGCCAGAAAUACCAGUUCCUCCGACGGAGCCCCUGGCGGAGCACUGUGGGACUCCAAGUCAUCCAGCCCUUCUGGAUCCUUGCGGCGCAUCUCUACGAGGGUCCCACAGAUGAAUUAAAAAACAAAACCGUGUGUGAAGACCAAGAGCUGAAGCUGCACUGCCACCCCUCAAAGUUUCUCAACAUCUACUGGGCGAGCUACGGCAGGAGGACCCAGGAGAGGGACAUCUGCUCCUCAGAAGCAGAGCGGCUCCCCCCAUUUGACUGCCUGUCUUAUUCGGCUUUGCAAGAAUUAUCCAGGAGGUGCUAUGGGAAGCAGAGAUGCAAAGUCAUGGUCAACAAUCACCAUUUUGGGAGCCCCUGUCUGCCAGGAGUGAAACAAUACCUCACUGUCGCCUAUGCGUGUGUUCCCAAGAACAUACUCACAGCGAUUGAUCCAGCCGUUGCUAAUCUAAAACCUUCUUUGAAGCAGAAAGAUGGUGAAUAUGGUAUAGACUUUGACCCAAGCAAACCGAGGGUUCUAAGGAAAGACGGAGUUAUUGUUAGCAACUCUCUGGCAGCAUUUGCUUACAUUAGAGGUAGGUCAAUAAAUUGAAGCUUCCUAGAAUGCUAACGGCUUUACUGAAGUCUCACUAACAGAUGCGAUAUUUAAUUACAACACUCAGCUGAAGAAAAGACUUUAAGUUUGCCUCAUCACCUUCAGUCUUGCUAAGAUCUGGAAACAGAGUCUUGGACUCAGGUACAGUUCCAGCCAGGCUACCCACAAGAGAACCGCACGGGGAGGAGGCAAACAGAUAAAGUCACACCAUUCAGGAGUUGGGCUCCGUGAGUAUUUUCCACUUUGAAAAGUAGGAACCCGAGGAAUGUGCAUUCCCCAGCUCUAAAAUUUGGGAAGGGCAGAGGAUUAUUGAAUCCCACCCUUGGCUGGAAGAAAAUUGAGUUAAAGGAUCACUUAGUAAACAAAACGGGUCAUGCCCUUUGAAGGCAGAGUCCCUUCCUGAGUCACCUGUGUUACUUCUCACAGUUGCCAAGUUGUCCCUGAUAAUCUUCCCCUCAAGGAUCAGUCAGACUCCCUACCUGGCAGAGCCAAAACUCUCAUCAGUGAGGGGAUGGAACCUGCCAUCUUUCCUCACCUUCUGUCUGCUCAUCUUAGCGUCCACCAUAUUCUGAAAUGUCGACUCUGCAAGUUUUGGCAAUGCCUGCCUGACUCUGUUCAGGGAGGCCAAAUCUCUGAGGCCUUGCUAAAAUUCAUGUUAAUAUACUGCAUUACAGCAUUACUGUUCAAGGCCUGCCGGGGCUCGGGCUCUUUCAAGUAAGCCUUUCUCAGAGGAAAAUAAAGGCGGAAGGGAACAGCCCAACAUAGGAGAUACGAAGGACAGUCUUGGAAAUCCUCUACUGUUCCAUCGUCUUCCUGCAUCCAUAGUUCUCCUGAGUGUCUGUUGUGUGGUUGUUGGUUUUCUCUGAGAAUCUUCUCUCUUCAAACCACCCUCCCACUUCCACUUCUUGCAGUUCCUAAAACAUUUAUGAGGUCUUUCCCUCCCUUAUGUAGAAAAGUAGAAUGUGCUUGAAGUGGAAAACACAGGAAAGCACCAAGAAAUAGAACUCUCCCCUAGUCUCAAAGCUUAAACAUAACUAUUGUUAAUGUUCUCUUCUUCUGGAUCCCCCAUACCUGCUCUCUGCCAGGCUCUGCAUCUUCCAGCCCCACUGUUGUUUAUAACAGGGCUCCCCCCGGACCCCAUGAAUAUCCUGGUCCCCCAGCAGUGGAGGCCCGAGAGCUCUGUGCCACCCUUGUCAGAGUUAAGAGAUGUAAGGAUUUUUAUUGUCAAAAUUAUCCCCGUAUUUUCAAAGUCCCUGGAGAGCUUCCUGGAGAAAAGACAUCAUGAAAAUCCUUCAGGGAGUAAGGAUUAAUCGGAAGCAAUGACAACUUUGCUCACUGAGCUGUGGCCAUGCUGGGCCUUGUCAGUUCCUCCUGACAACUGGGUUGGUCAGCUCCGGCUGCCAUGACAAGACACUGUAAUCUGGCAGCUUCAACAGCAGAAAUUCAUUCUCAUAGUUCUGGAGGCUGGAAGUACAAGGUACUGGCAGAAUCAGUUUCUGGUAAGAAUGCUCUUCUUGGCUUAUAGACGGCUGCCUUCU